CUUGGGGACAGCAAGAGCAGAGGCUUAAGGAGCUACACUGGGGGAAGGACGGGGCAAGCAGGCCAAGGCCUGGCCGGGGCUUGGGGGGAGGGAACAUGGAGCAAUCCCGGUCACAGCAGCGUGGGGGUGAACAAAGCUGGUGGGGUAGUGACCCCCAGUACCAGUACAUGCCCUUUGAACACUGCACCAGCUACGGACUGCCCUCUGAGAAUGGGGGCCUCCAACACAGGCUCCGGAAGGAUGCAGGCCCCCGCCACAACGUCCACCCCACACAGAUUUAUGGCCAUCACAAAGAACAAUUCUCAGACAGGGAGCGGGACAUAGGGAUGCCCAAGAAGACAGGCUCCAGUUCUACCGUGGACAGCAAGGAUGAGGAUCACUAUUCUAAAUGUCAAGAUUGUGUCCGCCGCCUGGGACAGGUGGUGAGAAGAAAGUUAGGGGAAGACUGGAUCUUUCUGGUGCUUCUGGGACUGCUGAUGGCUCUGGUCAGCUGGAGCAUGGACUACGUCAGUGCCAAAAGCCUUCAGGCCUACAGGUGGUCCUAUGCGCAGAUGCGGCCCAGCCUUCCUCUGCAGUUCCUGGUCUGGGUCACCUUCCCACUAGUCCUCAUCCUCUUCAGCGCCCUCUUCUGCCACCUCAUCUCUCCCCAGGCUGUUGGCUCUGGAAUCCCCGAAAUGAAGACAAUACUUCGUGGGGUUGUCCUGAAGGAAUACCUCACGAUGAAAGCCUUUGUGGCCAAGGUUGUCGCCCUGACUGCGGGUCUGGGCAGUGGCAUCCCCGUGGGAAAAGAGGGCCCCUUCGUCCACAUUGCCAGCAUCUGUGCUGCUGUCCUCAGCAAGUUCAUGUCUGUGUUCUGCGGGGUAUAUGAGCAGCCAUACUACUACUCUGAUAUCCUGACGGUGGGCUGUGCUGUGGGAGUCGGCUGUUGUUUUGGGACACCACUUGGAGGAGUGCUAUUUAGCAUCGAGGUCACCUCCACCUACUUUGCUGUUCGGAACUACUGGCGAGGAUUCUUUGCAGCCACGUUCAGCGCCUUCGUGUUUCGAGUGCUGGCAGUGUGGAACAAGGAUGCUGUCACCAUCACUGCUCUGUUCAGAACCAAUUUCCGAAUGGAUUUCCCCUUUGACCUGAAGGAACUACCAGCUUUUGCUGCCAUCGGGAUUUGCUGUGGGCUCCUGGGAGCUGUAUUUGUGUAUCUGCAUCGCCAAGUCAUGCUCGGUGUCCGAAAGCACAGGGCCCUCAGCCAGUUUCUUGCUAAGCACCGCCUGCUGUAUCCUGGAAUCAUUACCUUUGUCAUUGCCUCAUUCACCUUCCCACCAGGAAUGGGUCAAUUCAUGGCUGGAGAGUUGAUGCCCCGCGAAGCCAUCAGUACUUUGUUUGACAACAAUACAUGGGUGAAACACGCGGGUGAUCCUGAGAGCCUGGGCCAGUCAGCUGUGUGGAUUCACCCCCGGGUCAACGUUGUCAUCAUCAUCUUUCUCUUCUUCAUCAUGAAGUUCUGGAUGUCCAUCGUGGCCACCACUAUGCCCAUACCCUGCGGAGGCUUCAUGCCUGUGUUUGUGCUAGGAGCCGCAUUUGGAAGGCUGGUAGGAGAGAUCAUGGCCAUGCUGUUUCCUGAUGGUAUUUUAUUUGAUGACAUCAUCUACAAGAUCCUACCUGGGGGCUAUGCAGUAAUUGGAGCAGCAGCGCUGACUGGUGCCGUGUCCCACACAGUCUCCACAGCUGUGAUUUGCUUCGAAUUAACGGGUCAGAUUGCUCACAUCCUGCCCAUGAUGGUGGCUGUUAUCUUGGCCAACAUGGUGGCCCAGAGCCUGCAGCCCUCUCUCUAUGACAGCAUCAUCCAGGUCAAGAAGCUACCCUACUUGCCUGACCUUGGCUGGAACCAGCUCAGCAAAUAUACCAUCUUUGUUGAGGACAUCAUGGUACGUGAUGUGAAGUUUGUUUCAGCUUCCUACACGUAUGGGGAGUUGCAAACCCUGCUCCAGACCACCACAGUCAAGACUUUACCACUGGUUGACUCAAAAGAUUCAAUGAUUCUGCUGGGCUCGGUGGAGCGGUCGGAACUGCAGGCGCUCCUACAGCGCCACCUGUGUCCUGAGCGCAGGCUGCGCGCCGCCCAGGAGAUGGCGCGGAAGUUGUCGGAGCUGCCUUACGACGGGAAGGCGCGGCUGGCUGGGGAGAAGCUCCCCGGCGCGCCUCCAGGCCGGCCCGAGUCCUUCGCCUUUGUGGAUGAGGAUGAAGACGAAGACCUCUCUGGGAAGAGCGAGCUUCCUCCUUCCCUUCCUCUCCACCCCUCUACUACUGCCCCUCUGUCCCCAGAAGAGCCCAAUGGGCCUCUGCCUGGCCACAAACAGCAGCCGGAAGCACCAGAGCCUGCAGGUCAAAGACCCUCCAUCUUCCAGUCCCUGCUUCACUGCUUUCUGGGCAGAGCUCGCCCCACAAAGAAGAAAACAACCCAGGAUUCCACAGAUUUAGUGGAUAACAUGUCACCUGAAGAGAUUGAGGCCUGGGAGCAGGAGCAGCUAAGCCAGCCUGUCUGUUUUGAUUCCUGCUGUAUUGACCAGUCUCCCUUCCAGCUGGUGGAGCAGACAACCCUGCACAAGACUCACACCCUGUUCUCACUCCUCGGCCUCCACCUCGCUUAUGUGACCAGCAUGGGGAAGCUCAGGGGCGUCCUGGCCCUGGAGGAGCUACAGAAGGCCAUUGAGGGGCACACCAAGUCUGGAGUGCAGCUCCGCCCUCCCCUUGCCAGCUUCCGGAACACGACAACUCGAAAGAGUACCGGGGCACCCCCAUCUUCUGCAGAGAACUGGAACCUGCCUGAGGACAGGCCUGGGGCCACUGGAGCAGGGGAUGUGAUUGCUGCCUCCCCAGAGACCCCUGUGCCAUCCUCUUCCCCAGAGCCCCCUCUCUCCCUGGCCCCAGGCAAGGUAGAGGGCGAGCUGGAGGAGCUGGAGCUCGUGGAGAGUCCAGGGCUGGAAGAGGAGCUGGCCGACAUCUUGCAGGGCCCCAGCCUGCGAUCCACAGACGAGGAGGAUGAAGAUGAACUGAUCCUUUGACCCCCUCCCACGACCUCCUCAUAAAGACUGUCGAGAGGCCCAGCCUGAGGGUGAACUUGUGUGGGGCAGGGUGCGUCCUGAAUGUGGCAAGGUCAUGCCAAUGUCGUGGCCUCUUCCAGGAAUUUUUUAAUGUGAUAGUGAUAGUCUUAAAGGAGGAAUCAGCAUUUAGGCAGGGAGGAGCCUUGGUCAAUUAUUUUGACUGUUCUCCCCAUUCCCAGCCAGGCAGGUGGCCCUAACCCUAGUGAAUGGCCCCUGAUACUCCAUGGGGCUUCUUGAGUGUUCCUGGUGUGCAGGAAGGGA